UCGCGGCGCGGGUCAGAGUGGAAGCUCCGGUCAACCGGUUCGGUGGGGACCCCUCCGUCUCGUCCGUGCUCUUCCUACUGACGCCGACAGGAGGACGGCGCGAGCGUCUCCCUCAGCGCGCUUUUGAAAACGCUCGCGGCUCUUCGAGGCUCCGAAGCCCCAAGUCUCGACUCCGGGUAUAUACACAUAUUGUGGGCUCGUGAACUUUCUUUUUUUUUCGAAUUAUCCAUCCAGAAGAAGACUGCAACCCCGGUCCUCUAGUGUGCUGAUGCGUCUGCUUCUACUCCAUGGUUAGACGAAACAACGCUCUCUGCCGCUUUAAACUGUUCACCCGUCAUGCUCGCUUCGCCCGAGCAUGGUGUGAUGAUUAUCGCGGCGAUGGUCAUCCGUAAUCAUGGAGCGCCGGAUAUGCCGUUUAUCAAGUGAGAUAUACAUUUACGGCUGACGAAAGAUCUAACCGCGAAGCGUGUAGCAUCCCGCGCAAGAGUUCUUCGCGUUUGGACGUAACUGGAUCAUCAAUUUAUACUUCUGCCCAGGCUCUGUUGAGUGCGUCGAAAUAUUUUCCGCUAGCCAUGUGCUAAGUUAGCGGAGUUUCAAGGAGCACGGCUUUUCGGAAGCAGGACCCAACUGAAUGCUGAGCGCAUCUGAUGAGAAGAAACUAGAUUUGCAAGUGACAUGUCACUGUCCAUACGUACUUGAAUAGCGCACCGAAUGCGCGAGAUUGCUAGUGGGGCCACCGUGCGUUGGCAACACACGUAAAGUUGUCGUUCGCUGUUGGAAACAAGACUGUCAUAACCAGUUCCAAAUCGCACACCUAAGAGAAGGACACUUACUACAAGCUUUGACGCGCUGUCUGUCUGCGGUAUAAGUUUUUUUUUCUUUCGCAGUGUAAUCUUUUAGCUCGCUGCGACGUUGAAUUAGUCACGGCUUGCGGACCCGGCUGCCAGACUUGAUUUUCCUGGAUCAAGGGGCGUGUUGCUAGCAGGAUUUUUGAGUUUGCGACCACGUGCGUUCCGACUCUGCCUCCUACAUUCCGCUGUAUCUCUGCUCAUAACAGUUACACUCACUGGUAUUUUCCGUAUUUGUGUGAAACCAGCUCUGGCAGCAGCGACUACAGCUGAAAAACUGCGCCUCUCUUGCGGCACCUGUGCGAUAUGGUGUCACUCGGUCAAGGCCCGUGAACAAGUCUCCAGUUUUCUGCGACAACGUUUCCACCUGCUGCUGCUCCAGUUGUACGCGCCCCAUCCUGUGACGUCAUAGCGGAGAAUGGGCGAAGAAGCAAGAGUGGCCGGUUACGAUGAACAGCCGGUCGCAAAUGUCUCUGCUCCUUCAGCGGUCAACGGGAGCGCUAUCUCUGAGCCCAUGGCGCCUGCGCAACCAGAAGUUGCGGUGCUCUCAUCCGCUUCCGGUGAGGGCUCGUACAACGUCAACACGUCUUCGCCUUCUUUACCGUGGGCUCUCUUUCCGGCGUCCAAUGACACUACCAUUCCUGUACCGACGGCUUCGGCGGCGGAGAUUCAGUGCUACCUGUCCGACGUCAACCGUAGUGCAGAUGCGAGACUGGAUACUGUGCUGAGCUGCCUGCCGACCUGGGAUGGCUUGUCGUGUUGGCCUCGCACACCACCGGCGCACACGUCUUCGAUUCCGUGCUUCGCGACUUUGAAUGGCGUCCACUACGACACAACCCAAAACGCGUCACGGUUCUGCUCAGCCGCCGGCAUCUGGGCCAGCAAAUCGGAUUACUCCCAUUGUGUUCCACUCUUCGAGGUGGAAAGGCCGAUAGAUGGAACUACCCUGUACUACAUAGGAUAUGGAAUGUCCCUAUGUGCACUAAGCAUCGCCUUGUGGAUCUUCAUCUACUAUAAGGAGCUGCGCUGUCUACGGAAUACUAUCCACGUCAACCUCAUGGUCACCUACUUCCUUAUUUCCAUCACCUGGAUGACCACGGCAACACUGCAGUCUGUACCUUCACCUGCGUACCAUAAGAGUGCCUGUUUCAUGUACGUGGUGCUCACCUACCUGAUGGGCACCAACUUCUUCUGGAUGUUCGUCGAAGGCCUGUACCUGUUCAUAUUGGUCGUCAAAACUUUCUCUGUGGAGAUGGUUCGCGUUCACGUCUACGCAGCCAUUGGUUGGGGAAUACCUCUAGUCGUCGUGUCAGUAUGGGCGGUCACCAAGGCGUACCUGAGCCCCAACCACAAUGAUCCAAAUCUGUCUGGAGGCAUGUGCAUAUGGCAGCUGAAGGAUAUCUACGACUGCAUCUUCAUUGGACCCGUCAUUCUGGUCCUACUGACAAACAUCUUCUUCCUCAGCCACAUCAUGUGGGUGCUUAUCACCAAGCUCCGCGCUGCGACAUCGGUGGAAUCACAGCAGUACCGGAAAGCGGCUAAGGCACUGCUCGUGUUGAUCCCUUUGCUGGGCGUCAGCUACCUUCUGUUUAUCUGGACGCCUCAGCACAAGACCGCCAGGGUCAUCUUCACCUAUCUGCAAAUCACACUGCUCUCCACUCAGGGCUUCACGGUCGCCGUGCUGUACUGCUUCCUGAAUGGCGAGGUCCGAAACUCGGUGCGCCAUCACCUUGAGCGGUGGAAGACGAUGCGAGCCCUGCGUCGUGGCAGUGACCGAUGCCGCCAGGCGCUCGGCUACGGCCGCGUGCAAAAGCCGCUGGCCAUGCAGCGCGGGAGCUGCGUCAGCUUUACCACCACCACGACGACGUGCCUGCCGUCCACGGGCAGCCGCUUCACGUCGCAGCAGAGCAAGCGGCCUAGUAACGGCUCGUACGCGCAGCUCCCCUUCACCGACAACCCUGUGUAAAUGGGAUGAAAGACUGGCUGAUUCGCUGCAAUGAGCUUAUUUUUUUCAAUUCGUAAUGAUAGAUUUGACUCGGGUGUAGUCUCCGAUGAGGGCUGGGGAUUCGCUUUUGGAAGGCUUACGUGAGUUCUUCGAUGACACGAAAAAAAAAAGGUCGUUGCCUAUAAAUGACUAAAUUUAUCUUCCCAUUUGCGCAUGAGCGUUCGUAAGAACGAACAGCCGUCGGCCGACGUUCUUGUAGAUCCGCAGCCCUCUGCUCACUUUAAGCGCGCGCGCGCGCAAGUCUAAAAAAGAAAAAGAAAACACAUUUGUAAGCAAAACGAGUUGUUCAAAAGUGGGAGCUGACCGCAAAUUUUUUAUUUUUUUUUUGCGCUCCGUUGAAGAUCAGAAAUAGGAAUUUACUGUUCUGGCAUAGCUUGGCGUGAAUAUUGUUUAAUCGGGCUAUAUUUUACUCGCUUAUUUACAUGAACGGUACCGUACGUUUCUCGCACACUUGCCGUAGGUUGUGUGCGCUUGUCCCCCUUUUCUAUUUUGUAACCUAACUUUUCUUUUUCUUCGUCGCCGAAAAUUAAAGUGCCGUGCAGUUCCUCUGGA